CCUCCAAAUAGCUUGAGAGAACACUGAGGCUGGGACUCCAAGGCCUCUGCAACCUUCUCACAGGCCUUCAGGGCCAUCUCUGGGCUGGACUUACUCAAUCCAGUCUAACUGCGAGGGGCUGGCUCAGCUCCUGAAGGUUUUGGGGAAAGUAGCAGCCUGUACAACCUCCCCCACUCCUUGGCUGUUUGUGGCCUGGCCUCCGGCAGCCAUCUGCCAUGUUGGACUCAUCGGUGGCUGACCAAAUGACUCGGCUGAAGCUCAAACUCUUGGAAAAGAUAGGAGCAACGUACAUGAGCUCUGUCUGACAUGUAUGCAGAUCACGAAUAAAGUGCUUGCUCACGCCCCUGCGGCCCAGAUGGCAGCCGCAGAGGGUCAGUGCCUGCCAGCGCUCAGGCGGCUCCCGCCUGGCAAGAAGCUCCAGGACCCCAGGGCAGCCCCAUUUAAACUCGAGGCUGAGCGAGAAGACAUGGAAGACACUCUGGAGCCAUCCCUCCCUGUGCCAAGGAGCUAUGACGGAGAAGAUGCUGUCCUACAGAGCGCCCUGAGGAGGAGGAAAGACCUGCUGCACAAGCUCCGGGAACAACACCUUCUAGAAGAGCUCUCUGGGCCCUACGGCUGGGGAGGGAACCCCAGAAGAAGCUACAGAGCAGAGGUGCCCCUAGAGGUGCCCCCAGUCCAGAUCUACCCAUCCUUCCCUGCAGGGCCUCAGCCAGAGCAGCCCAGGAUCAUCCAGCAGAUGGUACCCCAGCCCCCGGCAACCAUCAUCCAGCAGCUGCCUCAGCAGCCCCUCAUUACUCAGAUCCCCCCAGCCCAGGCCUACCCUGCCCCCAGGUCAGGGAGCGUCAAGGAAGACAUGGUAGAGAUGAUGCUGAUGCAGAAUGCACAGAUGCACCAGAUCGUGAUGCAGAAUAUGAUGCUGAAAGUCCUGCCGCCCAUGGCCUCUCCCGCCAACGAAAUGAACCCGCCUUGGCUUCGGCCUGCUCAGCAGGAUCCACAGUUGGCAUUCCGAGCUGAAAAGCCAAGGGCUUCCUCGGUCCACCAUCAUCACCAUUACAGCCCCCCAGGCCUGCAGGCUCUCCCUGCCUCUCUGCCCCUGGUAGGCUACCCCAUAUGGCCUUCCCUGCUUCCAGCCCAGGCCAUGACCCAGGCCCCAGGCUUCCAGCCCGCCAUCCGGCACAUGAUGGGGCCCACAACCACCAUGCCUGCUCUCAACACGGUAGCAUCUGACGGAGCCCUCCCCGGUCUGCCGCCAGGCUUGUAAGCCCUGCAGGGCUCUAACACUGGCACUGCGCUGGGAAAGCAAAGGCAGAGGGAAGCUGCUCUUGCAGAGGAUGCUGAUUGCGCAAGGAUGCCCUCACGGAGGCUCUGAUCAGAGGUGGCCGAGCCCAGAUCGCCAGAGAGGACCCGGCAACACCGGGCAGCACGUGCUCGCCACAGCCCUCCUUUGCUGGCAUUACUGUGGGUCCAUCCAGACAAGCUUGACCUGCCUCAACCAUUCCCCUGGGCAGAGGCAGCUGCUGGGGCCACCCGGCCCUGCUCUGAGCUGUGUGUGCAGGGCCCCAGGCCCCGCUGGCAGACCCUCAGAUGGAGAAGGGCGCGGCUUUUCCACUGAAGAAGAGGAGGAUAGGAUGAGACAUCCUCCGUGCCUGUCGUUCCCACCGUUCAAGAGUGAAUUGUCUGUAUAAUGGGCGUCAUAUUGCUUGCCUUCUCACUGACGGAGGAGGGGUGGGAGGGAGGCAGAGAACUGGGACCUACCAAGCUCCUGUUGGUCUGCUGAGCCACGGUCAGCCCCACUGUCACCGGACCCCAACAUGGGGAUGUCCAGAGCCAGGGACAACAACCAGGCUUCUAUCCUCAGGGCCCAUUUCCCAGGGCUGUUUCCAUCCCAAGGAAAUGAGCGCUGUGGGCUUUUCUCAGCCCCAUACCUACAUUCCUGGGUUCCCAUUCACUCUGUCUCCUGCGGCUCUUCAUCUGUUGUUUCAUGUGAAAUCAGUCGAUAAGCAGCUCUGGAGGACCCAGGCAAAAUGGAACAGGCACUGCCUGCCUUCGAGAAGCGCUCAUUCAGCUGGUACAGAUACUCAGUCAAUCAGCAGACAUUUAUUCCUUUAUUUAAACUAACCUUUUUUCUCAUUUUCUUCUUUAAAUUACAUUGUGUUUUAUUUUCACGUGAACAUUUACCUUUUCUCUCACCCACCUCCUGUCUUCCUUUUUGAGAAAACAAGAAAAAACAACCCUUGUUACGAACACAUAUAGUCAAGCAAAACUCAUUCCCACGCGGGCCAAAGCUUCCGUCUGCAUUUCUGCAGGCAGGUGGCGGGCUUCCUCAGGAGUCCUCUGGAAUCGUGGUCAGAAUUCCCGACUUGUCUGUACGUCUUUGCCAUGUUGUUAUUGUAUCCGUCGACCUCCUGGUUCUGCUCACUUCAGUCUGCAGCAGUUCAUGCGCGUCUUCUGAGGUUUCUCUGAAACCUUCUUCAUCCUUUCUUACAGCACUCUAUGGCAUUAAUACGCCAUAACUUGUUCAGCCAUUCCCCAAUACUUUGCCACUACAAAGAGUUGCUAUAAAUGUGUUUAUAUUUAGGGAUCCUUGUCCUCUUUCUUUGAUUUCUUUGGGGUACAGCUUUCCUAACAGAUUUGCUGGGUCAAAAGGGUGUUUGCACAGUCAAAUAGCUUUCUGGGAGUCUUUCCAAAUUGCUUUCCCAAAUGUCGAGCCAGCUUGCAGCUUCACCACCAAUGCAUUGGUGCACCCAUUUUUCCACCGCUUGUCUAGCAUUUGUCAUUCUUCAUUUCUGUCAACUUUUCCAAUCUGAUAGAUUCGAGCUGGAAUCUGAGAGUCAUUUUAUUUUGCAUUUCUCUGCUUACAGUGAUUUGGAGCAUCUUUUUCACAUAGCUUGAAUUUCUUCCUCUGGAAACUGCUUUUAACAAGCAUUUAUGACAAGAGUGCUUCAUACUGUGAAUACAAUAUAAUAAUAAUAACAUCUAUACAGCACCUACUGUGUGCCGUGCACAUGAUAAGCACUUUGCAGUUUUCAUCUCCUUCGCUCCUCAUGGCAGCUCUGGCAGGUAGAGGCUAUCACGGUCCCUAGUUUGUUCAGUCCUUUCCAUCUUGCCCAACUCUUAGUGACCCCAUUGGGAUUGUCUUGGUAGAGAUCCUAGACUGGUUUUGCCAUUUCCUUCUCCAGCUCAUUUAACAGAUGAAGAAACUGAAGCAGACAGCAUUAAGUGACUUG